CAUGCCAAGGGGUCCCAUGAGACAUCCUUACCAUAGGCGCCACGGAGAGUUUAUUAAAGGACUCCCACGUCUUUUGAGGAAUUCAGAGGGAAGAAGGACGGUGCCAGAACUAGUACUAAGCUAAACUCGGUAAGAGAAAGAGAUGGAGUGUUCGAGCAUGGCCGUUGCUUCUUGCUUUCGUCUGAUUGCAACCAUUCUUCUUCUUGCAAUCGCUGGUCGCUGCUCCUCGCAGCAAAUGGAUCAUAUCCAACUCGGCAGGAUUGCAGACUCGAUGGACAACCUCACUCAGGUGUUACAAGGUAAGGCAAAGAGCGAAGGAAAAUCUUCUGGAAGUUCAGUGAGUUGCUUCUUUCUGAUGUGUGAAUCUGUCACCUGUUACAUUUAUUCGUAUUAUGCUAAAUUGCAAAAAAAGAUCUUCAGUAUAGGCCUAAGGGUUCCCUGGUUAAAUUCCGUUUUCUUUUCAGCACAAGCGGUUGCUUCAGAGAAAAUCGCCUCAGGAAUCAUGAAAAUGUUCACCUUGAUGGCCACAGAUCAUCUUGUCUGUGAAGGGGGUUGGCUGAAGCUGAGAUCCUCCUGUUACUUCAUUAGUAAAGACACCAGCACUUGGGAAGGAAGCCGUCAAAAGUGCAUAGCCUUGAAUUCUGAUUUGGUUAAAAUCACUCAUGACGAAGAGUACAACUUCCUCCGCGAACUUGCAAAAGGCCACAACUACUACAUAGGACUAAGUGACCUGCAAGAAGAGGGAUCCUACAGAUGGGUUGCAGAUGGCACCAUUCAUCAAAUCGUUGAAUCAUGGUGGGGAGAAGGUGAACCCAGCACUGCAGCAGAACAUUGUAUCCAUUACUUUCCUGCAAAAGACGAUCGUCUCAAUGAUAUUAACUGUGCCAAGGAGUUUAGGUACAUUUGCGAGAAACCUGCCCAACUGCCUUGGAACUUUGCUUCAGUGCUAGAUGAAGAAAUGCCCGCAGACAAGUGAAAUGGAAGAUGGAUCAGGAGUAAGAGUAAAUUUCCUUCUAAGUUUCUACAUAAAGUGAAAUAGCCUGUUGUUGUGUAUUUGCAUUUCUUAAGCUGUAUUCAGUUGGACACUUCGAUAAUCCAUGUUUACAUUUAUUUGAUUAAUCAAUAAGUAGAACUGCAACAUUAAGGUUUACUUCAAACUGAUAUACAUCAAUUUCCAUGUGGAACAUGAGUAUAAAGCUAUCCGGUUUCCCAUUUGGUAGGAGAACUGAAGUACUUUGUGAUUACGUUUCUUUCAGAGUAGUUUCCAUGUGAUGUCUUACUGUCCCUCUAGGUGAGGACCGACGUCAAUCAUCUAGGAAAGUAGGUUUGUAAUUUGAAUGAACAAGGUUGAUGUAAUUUGAAAUGGGGUUGAAUCUCUCAUGAUACAGCUUUUUUUUCAAGUUGUUUUGUUCCCUGAAUAAUGGAAAUGUUGUGCUGACAGACACUUUUCUGCAGGAACUAGGCAUUAAAUAAUUAAAAACGCA